CAGACUGCUGCCCUUGGUGCUGCUGAUGGGUGCCCUGCUGGGCCCCGGGGCGGGCGGGGCGGCGCUGGAGUUCGGUGGCGCCACGGGGCAGUGGGCCCGCUAUGCCCGCUGGGAUGCCAGCUCCUUGGGGGAGCUGAGCUUUAGCCUGAAGACAAACGUCUCGCGGGCGCUGGUGCUUUACCUGGACGAUGGGGGGAACUGCGACUUCCUGGAGCUCAUGAUCACUGAUGGGCGCCUGCGCCUGCGUUUCACCAUCUCCUGUGCUGAGCCUGCCAAGCUGCACCUGGAGACGCCCGUGGAUGACGACCGCUGGCACAUGGUGCUCCUGACCCGCAACUACCGAGAGACCAUGCUGGUGGUGGAUGGCGAGGCCAAGGUGGCCGAGGUCAAGUCCAAGCGGCGGGACAUGGCGGUGGAGAGCGACCUCUUUGUGGGGGGGAUCCCGCCCGACGUGCGCCUCUCGGCGCUUACCCUGAGCACCGUCAAGUACGAAGUGCCCUUCAAGGGGCUGGUGGCCAACCUCAAGGUGGGCGACACGCCGCCGGCCCUGCUGGGCAGCCAGGGCAUCCGCAGCGACACGGAGUACCUGUGCACCAAGCAGAAUCCCUGUGCCCACGGGGGGCUCUGCAGCGUGCUGAAUGGCGAGGUGCAGUGCGACUGCAGUAUGACCGGCUUCCAGGGCAAGUUCUGCAGCGAAGAAGAGCACACGAUGGAAGGUCCUGCUCAUCUGACGUUAAACAGCCAAGUAGGGUCCAUUCUGUACUCGGAAGGGGGGGAAGGGAGAGGAGCCAGUGAGGUGCAGCACACAUCGAAAGGGAAGGAGGAAUACGUGGCGACCUUCAAGGGCAACGAGUUCUUCUGCUACGACCUGUCCCACAACCCGAUCCAGAGCAGCACUGAUGAGAUCACACUGUCCUUCCGCACCCUGCAGCGCAAUGGCCUCAUGCUGCACACGGGGAAGUCGGCCGACUACGUCAACCUGUCGCUCAAGAGCGGGGCCGUGUGGCUAGUCAUCAACCUGGGAUCAGGCGCCUUUGAGGCGCUGGUGGAGCCCGUCAACGGCAAGUUCAAUGACAACAACUGGCAUGACAUCCGGGUGACCCGGAACCUGCGCCAGCACGCAGGAAUUGGACACGCUAUGGUAAACAAACUGCAUUACCUGGUGACCAUUUCUGUGGAUGGUAUCCUGACAACGACGGGCUACACACAGGAGGAUUAUACCAUGCUGGGCUCAGAUGACUUUUUCUACAUUGGGGGCAGCCCCAACACAGCUGACCUGCCGGGGUCCCCAGUCAGCAAUAACUUCAUGGGGUGCCUCAAGGAUGUCGUGUACAAGAACAAUGACUUCAAGCUGGAGCUGUCACGCCUGGCAAAGGAGGGCGACCCCAAGAUGAAGAUCAAUGGGGACUUGGUGUUCCGCUGUGAGAAUGUGGCAGCGCUGGACCCAGUCACCUUUGAGUCGCCCGAGGCCUACAUCUCCCUGCCCAAGUGGAACACCAAGAAGACUGGCUCCAUCUCCUUUGACUUCCGCACCACUGAGCCCAACGGGCUGCUGCUCUUCAGCCAUGGGCGCCUGCAGCCCCCACGGGAGGGCCGUGCUGAGCGUCCACACAAGGCUGACUACUUUGCCAUGGAGCUGCUGGACGGGCACCUUUAUCUGCUGCUAGACAUGGGCUCUGGUGGCAUCAAGAUGCGGGCCAGCAAUAAGAAGGUCAAUGACGGCGAGUGGUGCCACGUGGACUUCCAGCGUGAUGGACGUAAAGGCUCCAUCUCAGUGAAUAGCCGCAGCAUACCGUUCCUGGCCAGUGGGGAGAGUGAGAUCCUGGACCUGGACAGUGAGAUGUACCUGGGGGGCCUUCCUGAGAAUCGACUGGACUUGAUCCUACCCCCUGAGGUGUGGACUGCCUUCCUCAACUAUGGCUAUGUGGGCUGCGUGCGGGACCUCUUCAUCGACGGCAAGAGCCGAGAUGUGCGGCGCCUGGCCGAGGUGCAAAGCGUGCCCGGCGUCUCCAGCUUCUGCUCCCGGGAGACCCUCAAGCAGUGCAGCAGUGCACCCUGCCGCAAUGGGGGGGUCUGCCGUGAGGGCUGGAACCGCUUCGUCUGUGACUGCCUUGGCACUGGCUACCUGGGCAGAGUGUGCGAGAGAGAGGCCACGGUGCUGAGUUAUGAUGGCAGCAUGUACAUGAAGAUCAUGCUGCCAGGGGUGAUGCACACAGAGGCCGAGGACGUGUCCCUGCGGUUCAUGUCCCAGCGUGCCUAUGGCUUCAUGCUGGCCACCACCUCCAAAGAGUCGGCCGACACCCUGCGCCUCGAGCUUGACGGCGGGCAGAUGAAGCUUACCGUCAACCUAGACUGUGUCAGGAUAGGCUGUAACCCCAGUAAAGGCCCCGAGACCCUCUUUGCUGGCCACAAACUCAACGACAAUGAGUGGCACACAGUGCGGGUUGUGCGGCGCGGGAAGAGCCUGCAGCUCUCGGUGGACAAUGUCACCGUGGAAGGGCAGAUGGCCGGCGCGCACACCCGCCUGGAGUUCCACAACAUCGAGACCGGCAUCAUGACGGAGCGUCGCUUCAUCUCCGUGGUGCCCUCUAACUUCAUCGGGCACCUGAGCAGCCUGGUGUUCAAUGGGCUGCCCUACAUGGACCUGUGCAAGAAUGGCGACAUCAGCUACUGCGAGCUCAAUGCCCGCUUCGGCCUGCGCAGCAUCAUUGCCGACCCCGUCACCUUCAAGAGCCGCGCCAGCUACCUGGCACUGGCCACGCUGCAGGCCUAUGCCUCCAUGCACCUCUUCUUCCAGUUCAAAACCACCGCCACCGACGGCCUCAUCCUCUUCAACAGCGGCAAUGGCAACGACUUCAUCGUGGUGGAGCUGGUCAAGGGGUACAUCCACUAUGUCUUCGACUUGGGCAACGGGCCAUCGCUGAUGAAGGGGAACUCGGACAAGCCGGUUAAUGACAAUCAGUGGCACAACGUAAUUGUGUCGCGUGACACCAGUAACGUCCACACGCUCAAGAUCGACUCCCGCACUGUCACCCAGCACUCCAACGGUGCCCGCAACCUGGACCUCAAGGGAGAGCUGUACAUCGGGGGGCUGAGCAAGAACAUGUUCAACAACCUGCCCAAGCUGGUGGCCUCGCGGGACGGCUUCCAAGGCUGCCUGGCCUCCGUGGACCUCAACGGCCGCCUGCCCGACCUUAUCGCUGACGCCCUGCACCGGAUCGGGCAAGUCGAGAGGGGCUGCGACGGGCCCAGCACCACGUGCACCGAGGACUCUUGUGCCAACCAGGGCGUCUGCCUGCAGCAGUGGGACGGCUACACGUGUGACUGCACCAUGACCUCGUACGGUGGCCCCGUGUGCAACGACCCUGGCACUACGUACAUCUUUGGGAAGGGCGGGGCGCUUAUCACCUACACCUGGCCGCCCAACGACCGGCCCAGCACACGAGCCGACCGGCUGGCUGUGGGCUUCAGCACGCACCAGAAGAACGCCAUCCUGGUGCGGGUGGACAGCGCCUCCGGGCUGGGGGACUAUCUGCAGCUGCACAUAGACCAAGGCACAAUCGGGGUCAUCUUCAACGUGGGCACGGAUGACAUCACCAUCGAGGAGACCAAUGCCAUGGUUAACGACGGCAAGUACCACGUGGUGCGCUUCACCCGGAGCGGGGGCAAUGCCACGCUACAAGUGGACAACUGGCCCGUCAACGAGCGCUACCCAGCAGGGAACAGUGAUAAUGAGCGGCUGGCGAUUGCUAGGCAGAGAAUUCCGUAUCGGCUGGGUCGAGUAGUAGAUGAGUGGCUACUCGACAAAGGUCGACAGCUGACAAUAUUUAACAGUCAGGCCGCCAUCAAGAUCGGAGGCCGGGAUCAGGGCCGCCCCUUCCAGGGCCAGAUCUCGGGGCUCUACUACAACGGGCUCAAGGUGCUGUCCCUGGCAGCCGAGAGUGACCCCAACGUGUGGGUGGAGGGGAACCUCCGGUUGGUGGGUGAGGUGCCCUCUGUCAUGACCACCGAGACCACUGCCACCACCCUGCUGGCCGACAUGUCCACCACCAUCAUGGAGACCACCACCACCAUGGCCACCACCACCACGCGGCGCGGCCGCUCUCCCACCAUGCGUGACAGCAUCACCCAGAACACAGACGACCUGUUGGUGGCGUCAGCUGAGUGCCCCAGUGAUGAUGAGGACCUGGAGGAGUGUGAGCCCAGCACAGGAGGUGAAUUAGUAUUGCCCAUAAUUACCGAAGAUUCCUUAGACACCCCACCAAUUGCCACCCGGUCUCCAUUCAUACCCCCGCCACCUACCUUUGGCCCCUUCCUAACUGUAAUAGAGACCACCAGAGACACCUUAGCCCCUUCCGCCAAUCAAAAACCCCCGUGCUUAGCCGACCAAGAGGACAGCGAUUGUGAAGAGGGCAUUGAGGCCUCCGGUUACGCCUCGGGCGAGGUCUUCGACUCCAGCCUGCCCCCUACUGAUGACGAAGAUUUUUACACCACAUUCCCCUUGGUCACAGAUAGGACCCUGCUGGCCAGGCCAGAUGGAGCAUCUAAAAAGUCCCAAGGCUUCAGGCCCAACAUUAGGACAGGAGUGCCGGCUUCAUCCUCAAUCCCUGAGCUCCUGACCUCCACUGCCUCUCCCGAUCUGGUCCGUAACAUCCCCGCCGGCAAAAUGAACAAUCGCGAGGCCCCCAAACCCCACCCAGACCAGUACCCCCCUCUGCCCACCUCUUUUGAACUCGACAACCGUAACAGGCAUAAGUACCCCGGUAUAACGUCUUCCCCCAAUUUCCACAAUCUACCCACAGCUAACCCCACCGGCUCGGGGGAGAGGGGUCCCCCGGGAGCCGUCGAGGUGAUCCGCGAAUCUAGCAGCACCACGGGGAUGGUGGUCGGCAUUGUGGCGGCGGCCGCCCUGUGCAUCCUCAUCCUCCUCUAUGCCAUGUACAAGUACCGAAACCGGGACGAAGGCUCUUACCAGGUGGAUCAGAGCCGGAACUACAUCAGCAACUCGGCACAGAGCAAUGGCACGGUGGUGAAGGAGAAACCCACCUCUGCCACCAAAACCCCCAGCAAGAGCAAGAAAAACAAGGACAAGGAGUAUUAUGUGUGAGUCUCCGCCCCCCCCGGCCCCGCCUCCCUCCUGUCCCUCUGGUGGCGAGCGCGAGAGAGACGAUCGCAGGGUGAGACCGGCUCAAAUCAUGCCAACCUUUGGAUACAAGAGACCAACGAAACCUCCCAGCCUUCCUUUCUCCUCCCUCUGCAUCACAGAGGCAACCAGUGGAUCCUGCCCCCCACCUCCACCCCACACUGGUUUCAAUUUGUUCAUUUCCCCCUUAUUUAAUUUUUCUGUUCAUCCUCGUAAAUUAAUAACAACCACCGCAAAAUCAAAAUCAUGCUCGCUUCCCACACCCCGCCCCGGAUUCCUUCAGAUCUUGGGGGUUUGCUUAAUUUGUUUUCCUUUUAGCAAAGGAAGUGGGGGAAAGAACAGGGCAGGGGGCGAUCAAAUCACACACACCAUGGUUAGAGGUUGGCACCGGAAAUAAGCAACCACUCGGAAACAGAACAGAAAACGAGGAUCUGGGGGUGGGGGAGGCAGAUUAAUGAAGGCUUCAGAGCUCCCUAGAUAAAGCUGAGCCAGGAUAUUGCCUUAUAGAUAUAUAUAUAUAUGUGUGUGUGUGUAUAUAUAUAUAUAUAUAGGUGACAGCUCAUUCCCCCCCCCCCUCUGUUAUCCCAGGAGGUUAGACGCUUCCUCAUCUGGAUGAAACUUUGGGGUACAUCUCCCCACCCCUUUUAGACCCCUCUCCCAUGCCCUGUUUGGAAACAGACUAAUCCAAUUGGGAUACAAAAGAUUUGAUUUUUCUCUCAUAACUAUCGACAAAAUUCCGACGCGGAGCAGGAUACAGCUGGAUCCAGAAAACUUGGCUGGGCAAAGAUUUUGGGGAUGAAAAAUCGGUCUCACUCGGAAUUAUUAUUAAAACAAUAAAAGGGGGGGGUUCUUUAAUUAUAACUGAUUUUUUUCUCUCUCUCUUUGUUAAUGUGUCAGAGUCUUGGAAAUGUGUGGAGUAAACCGAACCGAAACACAAAAUCACGAACUCUCGGGAAAAUAAAAAUGAAUCCAUUAAUACCGAUGGUGGUAAAUA